AUGGAGGAAUACGAAGCCAAUCGUCAGGCUCGUCUUGAGCAUGACAAAGAAUGGUGGGGGGAUAGGCAUGCUGAACCUGAAAAAGGAGACCCAGAUCGCCAACAUAUAUACGCCCACAACCCUCCAAUCUCCAACCAAGAGGUUCAAGAGGCAUUAAAGGCGUACAGAGAAUCGAUCAAAAACCCCGAGACAGGGGUGCAUGAUACCCAAUCAGUCCACUUGCGGCCCAGCACUCCUCCCAUAGAGAAGGCCAAGAGGCAGCUACGAGUUCUGAAAGAGCAGGGCGUGAACGUCACAUUAGAUUUGGCCAAGGAGGUUAUCAGUCAUUACACGACGAACAACGGGAUGGUCGCCGCCUUGACAGAGUGGUGCCAAAACGAACUACACGUCCCUGUUGAAUACGCCAAUGAGCUGCUGAAAGGGUCGGACCGAUUGAAGCUCGAAAUGGCCACGCAGCAGCGCGACCUACAAUACGAGUUGGACCAAACAAAGGAAUAUCUCAAAGAUGCCAGAGAAGACGCCCAAAAGAUGACAGUAUUUCACGAUACAGCUUUCGGAAAGGUAAAGAAGCACAAGGUAGCGUGGUUCAGGAACAAGGGUAUUUAUGAUGGGCUCUCAGGGGACGAUGAACGGGCAAGUGCACAACUCCAAACCCUUCUCAACGAGACAACCGAGUACUGGAGGGAACUGGACCGCAUGUACGAUACAGAUUGGCCACCUACGAUGGAAGCUCUAGAGCAAGGGGGCAAUACUGGUGAUAUGGGUCUACUGAGCGCACUCGAGCAGAGAGGAAGGGAAUUGAAAGACAAAGGAAACGAGAUCGAGGAACUAAAAAGAAAACUCGAGGAAAAAGAACAGGUUGUCGAGAAACUAAAACUCAAACUCCACGAGACCUCUUCCUUGUCUUCAUCCGAAGUGUCUGGAGAAGAUACCUCAGAGCAUCGCCGAGUAUCUUCAGUAACUUCAAUGGCACCAUCUUUUAAUUCGAUUCAGAUGGAAGAAGAGAUGAAGAGACUCAAACAGGAGAACUCCGACCUCCAACAAAAGUUGGCAGACACCUCCAAGCAGAAUGAGAGCAAACUCCAGGAAGCCUCCGAGGAGACUAGGAAUCUCCGAGCCCGAGUGCAAACGCAGAAGGAAGACAUCAAACAGCUCAACAACAGGAUCCGUGAGAAGGAUAGAGAGUUCACAAAGAACUCCAACAAUAUCAGACAAGAGGGCAAUCUUUACCGGAAUCGCCUAAAAGUAUUUGAGGUUGUCCAAUUCAGGACGGCUGACAGUUUGAUCGCGGCAAUUGGAAAGAAUGAUACGCCCUCCUAUAUUCAGCAGAAGAUCAGCCUCAAGGAUCGGAUCAACUACCUCCACCUGCUUUUCUUCAUCCGCAUCCAAAACAGCAUUAAGCUUGCUCUCCUACUGAACGAAAAAAGAAUGUUCGAGUCUCUCUUGAAAGAUAUGAAAGACUGGGCCGAGUUCUGUCACAAGGAUUUUGAAACGAUGGAUCCAAGCGUCAACAUUCAAAUCGGAACCUCGAUUCGCGUCGUCGACGCCAUAACGAUUGUAUUGACUAAAAAGACAGAAGAGGAAGUAAAAGAGGCCCUAGAAAUUAUCCGAGAUGGGCUCGAUGUCUUCGAACAAUACAACAUUGAGUUGGCAUUUUCCCAACUUUAUCUUCAUGCUCAAGAAAUCUGGGAAAGGUCCGAAGGUGGAGAAGGCAUCAAUUCGUACACGAAAAGGCUACGCAUCAGUAUCCCUGGAAAACGUCACCUGGUGGAGAUAGCAAGAACUCCCUCCAAGACUCAAAUCAGGGCUACUUUGGGCAAGAAUCUAGAUCGGAAAAGAGGACGGGGAAAGAAUUUUAAAGACAAGGACCAGGACGAAAGUCAGGAUGAAGGUCAAAUAUGA